AGUAAUAUUCCGCGGCGCGUAUCUCGAGUGCGAACCAAACAGAGAUAACCAUACUAUUUCAGAUUGAUUUUCUUGUCCCACCAAUGAUGUUUUCCUGCCAGAAUAGAGUCGACGCCAGGGCGUCCAUGACGCAUGGUAGUUCCUACAUGAAUGGUCGGCAUCCGAGAAACUCGGCAGUUCGCGGUCGGAUUUCGUGCGGCUGGCAGCACGAAGACUCUUACAAAUACACGUUUUAGUGUAGAUUUAUUGUGAUAUUUUACCAUGGAUGCGUCGACGAAGACAGAUAAAAAAGCCAAUCCGGCGGAGAGAGCCAACGUGUUCUCUUUGCUCACGUUCGUAUAUAUGUUUCCCAUUUUUAAACGUAGCUUCAAAAACGGCUUGAAAGAGGACGACUUGUUCAGGCCGCUGGGCGAACACAAGUCCGGUUUGUUGGGCGAAAAACUCGAAAAAAUAUGGAGAGAAGAACACAGAAAGCACAAGAAGUCGGCGUUACACAGGGCUUUGUUCAAGCUCUUCGGACCUCAGUUCGUGUGGUUGGGGAUAGUGAAACUCGUGGACGAAGUACUUCUAGUAGUGCUCGUCCCUCUUUCGAUCGGCCGCCUCGUCUCCUACUUCGAAAACAAUGAAAAGUACAGCAUAUCCGAAACCGAGGCCUAUAUGCAAGCGUUGGCGGUAGUUCUGUGCCUUCUAGUGGACGCCUUCCUCAGCCACCCUUCCAUGAUGGGCUUCAUGCACAUCACCAUGAAAAUGCGCGUGUCGUGCAGUUCCCUAGUCUACAGGAAAACCCUCCGGCUGAGCCGCACCGCCCUCGCUAGCACCACCAUCGGUCAAUUAGUAAAUUUACUAUCGAAUGACGUGAGCAAGUUCGAUCAGGGCUUCCUGCUGGCGCAUUACGUGUGGAUCGGGCCCAUCCAGGCGGCGGUGGGGACCUACUUGAUUUACAGGGAAAUAGGCGUGGCGGCCUUCUUCGGCGUGGCGUUCCUGCUGUCUUUUAUUCCCAUGCAGAUCUAUCUGGGUAAAAGGACGUCGGUUUUGAGGUUGAGGACGGCAUUGAGGACCGACGAGAGGGUGAGGCUCAUGAACGAGAUCAUCUCCGGGAUACAAGUAAUCAAAAUGUACUGCUGGGAGAAGCCGUUCGCACAACUUAUCGCCUUCGCUAGGAAGAAAGAGAUGAACGCUAUUCGCGCCCACGCGUUCUUACUAGGUCUGGUCUACUCCUUCGAGAUGUUCGUCACGCGAACCUCGGUCUUCAUAAGUAUCUUAGGGUACAUCCUCCUUGGAUCCUACGUCACUGCCGAAAAAGUAUUCACAGUGAAGGCCAUCUACGACGUGCUCAGGCCCGUCAUCACCAUCCUCUUCUCGGUGAGCAUCUCGUCGAUCGCCGAAGUCAACAUCUCACUGUUGAGGAUCCAGAAAUUCCUGUCGUACGCCGAGCAAGAGCUCGAAGUGAAGAGUGUAAAGAACGGCGUGAGUAAGAACGCCAGUAACGGAUCUCUAGUGCCUUACCACAGUCCCGUGGAAGUCAGAGCGAGACUUCUCCUGGAAAACGUGAACGCCAAGUGGCUGGAAGAGAACAGCGAAAGCACCCUCAAAGGGAUCAACCUAAGUAUAUCUUCGAACCAAGUCGUGGCUGUGAUUGGACCCGUCGGAAGCGGCAAGAGCAGCUUGCUGAACGUCUUCCUCAGGGAGCUGCCCGUGGAGAGCGGCAAAAUGGACAUACAGGGUAAAGUUUCGUACUCGUCGCAGGAACCGUGGUUGUUCUCGGGCAGCGUGCGCCAGAACAUCCUCUUCGGCAACGAGUACGACGAAGAGCGCUACAAGCAGGUGGUGGAAGUGUGCGCUUUGAUAUCCGACUUCGAACUGUUCCCCUACGGCGACAAAACUCUCGUCGGGGAAAAGGGGAAGGCAUUGAGCGGGGGUCAGAAGGCCCGGAUUAACCUCGCCAGGUGCAUAUACAAGAAAGCUGACAUUUACUUGCUGGACGACCCUCUGUCUGCGGUGGACGCCAACGUAGGCAAGCACUUGUACGACAGGUGCGUCAAGGGUUUCCUCAAGGACAAGAUCUGCAUUCUGAUCACGCACCAGCUGCAGUACUUGAGCAGUGCGGACAAGAUCGUCAUCAUGAAGGACGGAAGGGUCGAGAUGGAAGGGAAGUACGCGGAGUUGCAAACCAGCGGGCUGGAUUUCGCCAAACUACUCGAACAGUUCCACACGGAAGAAGUAGACGAAAAGGACAAGAAGAAGGCCAAGUCUAGACAAAACUCAGAGUGCACUGAAGAAGAGGACGACGAAGACGAAGGUCCUUUAAUCGAAAAAGAGCAAAUGAAGAGCGGGAGCAUCAAGCCGGCUCUGUAUUUCGAGUACCUGAAAGCUGGAGGAGGCAAGGUCAUGAUGGUCCUCCUCGCAGCGGCCUUCAUUGCUGGUCAAUUCGUUGCAAACGCUGGAGAUUACUACGUUACCUACUGGGUCAAUUUAGAACAAGACUUUACCGACAAGUUUUUCAAGAACUUGACGAAAGAAAACGAGACUUUGGACAGAGCUCCCGUUAUCUACGCCUACUCGGGGAUCACUCUCGGGACAAUCAUUUUUUCCGUCGUUCACUCUCUAUAUUUCAUGUUGUAUUUCACCCUUGCGUCAAUUAACUUGCACAGCACUAGUUUCUCGAGUAUAAUUCAAGCGACGAUGAGGUUCUACAACAACAACCCUUCGGGGAGAAUCCUGAACAGAUUCUCCAAAGAUUUGGGAUACAUCGACGAGUACAUCCCCCCGGUUUUGUUCGACGUAAUUGAAGUAGCCUUGAUGUUGAUCGGAGCCUUCACCUUGUCCUUCAUCGUGGACCUGUGGCUCCUAGUACCCUCCGUGAUCCUAAUCACGAUCUUCUACUUCCUACGAAUCAUCUACAUCCAAACUAGCAGAAGUGUCAAGCGAAUCGAAGGAAUAACUCGGAGCCCGAUUUUCGGCCACAUGACGGCUUCCAUGCACGGUCUGAGCACGAUCAGGGCCUUCUCCGCGCAGAAACUCCUAGUCCGAGAAUUCGACGACUACCAAGACAACCAUAGCGCCGCUUGGUUCCUCUUCAUCGCCUCCAAUCGCUGCUUCGGUUUCUGGCUCGACAUGAUCUGCAUCGUCUUCUUCGCCAUCGCCGUCUUCGUACUCAUGUACUUCAAUAAGAGCGUCUACGGCGGCGACAUCGGCUUGGUGGUCACCCAGUAUAUCAUGCUCAUCGGCUCGCUCCAGUGGGGGAUGCGCCAGUGGAGCGAACUCGAGAACCACAUGGUCUCCGUGGAACGACUCCUCGAAUACCACAGUGUCGAAAGCGAACCCGAGAGGAAAGAGCUGGUCAGUUUGCCCAAAAGUUGGCCAGAGAGCGGCCGCGUCGAAUUCCGGGACGUAUGUCUGAGGUAUAACCCAACAGACCCUAACGUUUUGAAGAACGUCAACUUCGUGGUACAGCCGAAGGAGAAAGUAGGGAUUGUUGGAAGAACUGGGGCUGGAAAGUCGUCGACGAUUACGGCGCUGUUUCAGCUGUACCCGAUCGAAGGAAGCAUUGUAAUUGAUGAUGUCGACACGACGAAACUACCUUUGGAGCAAGUGAGGUCGAAAAUUUCCAUCAUCCCGCAGGAGCCGGUUCUGUUUUCUGGAACGAUGCGCAAAAAUUUGGACCCGUUUGAAGAGUAUAGUGACGAGGUGCUAUGGAACGCGCUGGACCAGGUGGAGUUGAAGGACGUGGUGUCGGAGCUUCCGUCAGGGCUGCACUCGAACGUGUCCGAAGGAGGGUCUAACUUUAGUGUGGGGCAAAGGCAGCUGGUUUGUCUUGCCAGGGCACUUAUAAGAAAUAACAAGAUUCUGGUGAUGGAUGAAGCUACUGCGAAUGUUGAUCCACACACGGACGCUCUUAUCCAGAACACUAUAAGGGAGAAGUUUGCGGAGUGCACGGUCUUGACUAUAGCGCACCGUCUGCACACUGUCAUGGAUUCAGACAAGAUUUUGGUGAUGAGUGCUGGGUGCGUCGAGGAGUUCGACCAUCCCUACAACCUUCUGAAACAGGAAAGGGGGAUUCUGUACAACCUGGUGCAGAACACCGGCAGGGCCACCGCUACCAACUUGGAAAAUAUAGCGAAAGAGAGUUUCGAGAAGAAGCUGAAGACAGAAUGACUUGCCAAGUUACCGAAUACUACCUAAACUUGUACCUGUGAUGUUUUAUACUUAAUAAUUCCACGAUCAGUAUUUAAGUGUGGUCAUUGAAUAAAACCAUCAACAAAAUAAUAA